AUGACUGAAAAAGCUAUAAUUGUUGUGACUUCAGCGACUGAAGAUAAGGCCACCGCUAAAGCAGCUUCACCAAAAAAAGCCGAAGCACCGAAAGCAAAAAAUUCGAACGCUAAAGCUAAGUCUCAUCCAAGCACUGCUUCUAUGGUUAAAGCAGCCAUUAAAACUUUGGCUGAACGCAAUGGAUCAUCCCUACAAGCUAUUAAGAAGUAUAUCGCCACUAUAUACAAAGUAGAUGCUGAGAAACACGCUCCAUUCAUCAAAAAGUUCUUGAAGUCUGCUGUUACUGACGGUACUUUAGUUCAAGUGAAAGGUAAAGGCGCUAACGGAUCAUUCAAGCUUCAUGUAACAAAAGCAACUACUACGAAAUCUAAGCCUAAAACUACGACGGCCAAGAAAACCGCAUCGAAUAAGAAAACUCCCACUACUAAGAAACCUGCAGCAAAAAAAACUGCAGGUCAAAAAACAGCUCCAAAGAAAGCAGCUCCUAAAAAGGAAACCAAGACAGCAGCUGAAAAAAAAGGAGUAAAAGCUGUUACAAAGGAAUCUAAAGUCAAAACAACAGCUCCUAAGGCUAAGAAAGCAACUAAAGCACCAACUGCUAAACCAAAAGCACCUAAACCCAAGAAAGUGUCUACACCUAAAGCAGCUAAAUCAACUAAAAAGAUAGCUGCUAAAAAAUAAAUUUAUACUAACGGAAUUUUUUCAUUAA